UGGCCGCCCCGUCCUUUCGGUCCUGGCGGCGGCAGGGCUGAGCCAGCGGCGCCCACCCUCCGGCUCUCUCUCUGCUUCUCUGCGCCUCCUCUCCGCUCUCCGCCCGCCGCCAUGACGGAACAGGCCAUCUCCUUCGCCAAGGAUUUCCUGGCCGGGGGCAUCGCCGCCGCCAUCUCCAAGACGGCCGUGGCCCCGAUCGAGCGCGUCAAGCUGCUGCUGCAGGUGCAGCACGCGAGCAAGCAGAUCGCGGCUGACAAGCAGUACAAGGGCAUCGUGGACUGCAUCGUGCGCAUCCCCAAGGAGCAGGGCGUGCUGUCCUUCUGGCGGGGCAACCUGGCCAACGUCAUCCGCUACUUCCCCACGCAAGCCCUCAACUUCGCUUUCAAGGACAAGUACAAGCAGAUCUUCCUGGGGGGCGUGGACAAGCGCACGCAGUUCUGGAGGUACUUCGCAGGCAACCUGGCCUCCGGCGGGGCGGCCGGGGCCACCUCCCUGUGCUUCGUCUACCCCCUGGAUUUCGCCCGAACCCGCCUGGCGGCCGACGUGGGCAAGUCGGGCAGUGAGCGCGAGUUCAAGGGCCUGGGAGACUGUCUGGUGAAGAUCACCAAGUCCGACGGCAUCCGUGGGCUGUACCAGGGCUUCAACGUGUCGGUGCAGGGCAUCAUCAUCUACCGCGCCGCCUACUUCGGCAUCUACGACACCGCCAAGGGCAUGCUCCCCGACCCCAAGAACACGCACAUCGUGGUGAGCUGGAUGAUCGCCCAGACCGUGACGGCAGUGGCGGGCGUGGUCUCCUACCCCUUCGACACCGUACGGCGGCGCAUGAUGAUGCAGUCGGGGCGCAAAGGAGCCGACAUCAUGUACAAGGGCACCGUGGAUUGCUGGCGGAAGAUCCUCAAGGACGAGGGCGGCAAGGCCUUCUUCAAGGGCGCCUGGUCCAACGUGCUGCGCGGCAUGGGCGGCGCCUUCGUGCUGGUCCUCUACGACGAGCUCAAGAAGGUCAUCUAGGUGCCCGGCCGCCCGCCGCGACCACCUAGCGCCAUCCCUCACUGUGACGGACCACCGACUUCGAGAAAUUCCAGCGUCCCCGCCGGGGCCGGGCCGCCCCGCGCCGGGGGCUCCUCGCCGGCAGACCAUCGGCCCUGGGUCCACG